AUGUCCAGUUACAGAACCGAACUCGACGACUUCAUGGGGGGUCGGAGGUUCGACGAGUUUGACGGCCCUCUGCCUUCCUCCCGCUCUCCGUCCGCACCCGCCGAUAUGGCACCGCCAGAGCCGCAAGCUGGCAAGAAGCGCAAAGCCGAGAAGGAGCCUGAGGCGAACAAAAAGCCCAAGGUCAUGGAGAACAAAGCGAUCUGGAUCUCUAAUCUUCCGCCAGACACUACGAAGGAGGAGCUCGAGGAGGAGUUCUCCCGAUACGGCAUGAUCGACAAGGGCGCCAACGGCGAGCCGCGAAUCCGACUAGAAGAGAAGGAUGGCAGGUUCACAGGCAACGCGAUGAUCGUGUACUUCAAAAAAGAGGCGAUUGUCAACGCAGUCAAGCUCGCCGAUGACUACCCUCUGCGCCUUGGCGAGACCGAGCACGGCAACAUCCACGUUGAGCCUGCCAGCAUGGAGUAUAAAAAGGAGAAGGACGGUGAAAAGGUGGCAUCAAAGCUUACACGUCGCGAUCGUAAGGCGACCGAACGUAACAGGCAAGAGCUCAACCGGAAGCUGAACGAGUGGUCUGACAACGAGGACGAAGUUGCUAAGACCUUCGUGGCAAAGAAAAACAAGUGGGCCAAGGUCGUCAUCAUCAAGGGCAUGUUCGACGUGAACGUAAUGAGGACCGAUCCGGAUAACUAUGACCAUGUCUACGAGGAUACGAUGGAGCCCGCUGCGAAGUUCGGCACAGUCACCAAGGUCACCAUCUGGGACUUGGAACCUGAGGGCAUUGUCACCGUCCGCUUCAAGGAGUUCGAGGACGCAGAGGCGUUUGUGGCCAACAACUUCGGCGGCCGCAAAUACAACGGCAGCCAUCCCCAGCUUUCGCUUGCCGAGGACAAGCCCCGUUUCAAGAAGUCCGGCCGUGGUGAUAUCUUCGGUAGCGAGUCAGAGUAA